AACUGCUCCGGUCCGCCGCCGCCCUCCCGCCCCCGUGCUUCAUCGCUGCCCGAAUUAUUCGCCGGAGCAACGCGAUUCCUGCACGCUCUUAUUGCUCCCGCUCUUCCGAAGAUCCGUUUUCUGAAAUUGGCGCUGAAUCGUGUACACAACGAUUUCUUCUUCAAGUGGCAAUGGAUCCCAAGGGUCUUGACAGCGAUAAGUCUGCGAGUAGGCUCUAUGUGGGCAAUCUGGAUUUUAGGAUAUCAGAGUCUGACGUUAUCAAGAUGUUCUCCCCCUAUGGAAAGAUCAUAGCCGAGGAUUUCCUGUUGCAUACACGUGGCCCGAAGCGAGGCGAGCCUCGUGGUUAUGCCUUUGUUCAGUACACUACCAAAGAGGAAGCUCAGUUGGCAAAGGAAAAGAUGAAUGGCAAGUUGGUCUGUGGACGUCCUGUGGUGGUUCACCUAGCGAGUGAGAAGUGUUUCCUAGAUUCUGGUAAUUCACAAAGAGCGCUGAAAGACAAGAAACUGGCAGGUGGUUCGGGAAGCAAAUCAGCACAAACUGAUCGUGCUGCAAAGAUAUCUGCGAUAAAAAACAAGUUGAAGUCUCUGGAGAAUGAUGGCUGUAGCACAAAAAGACCAAGACUUAACCCUGAUGACUUGAAAAGCACCGGAGAACAAUCUGAUAGGAAGCUUUGAAGUGAACUUAGUCAGCUCAUUGUGAACAAUGCCCUAUCAUGCUGGUUGCAUAGCUGAUGUUUCUGCAGUUGUAAUACUCUAGCUUUAUCAAGUUAGACAAACUAAAGGUGUAACAUGACACAGUUCACCGGAUUUGUACAACAGUUUGCACCAAUGACCAUUGUCCAAGUAACAAUUAAGUCUUCAUGGAGAAACCAUUUUCCAAUCCAGUUCUCAUGCUGGUCUAUGA